ACUAAUAACACACUUCAAGCAAAAAUGGAAACCACCACCACCUCCGCCGCCGUCACCACCACCGUUAACACCGGCGGUCUUCACUCCGUCGAGGUGAAUCCACGACACCACAUCCUCAACCGCGCAUUUGCACUUAUUUACCUUUUUGCCAUCCUCGUUAUUUUUUAUAACCAUAUACUAAAACUCCUAAAUUCUACAAAUUCCUUUGUAACUUUCUCCAUAUCAUUUUCCAUUUUAAUUUCAGAUUUAAUCUUAGCCUUCAUGUGGACAACUAUUCAAUCUUUUCGUAUGCGUCCACUAACACGUCAACAAUAUCCCGAAAAAAUAACAAAAAACUUUAGUAACGAAAUUAAUAAUUUUCCAGCAUUCGAUAUAUUUAUUUGUACGGCAGAUCCCUAUAAGGAGCCACCGUUAAACGUCGUUAACACGGCGUUAUCAGUUAUGGCCUAUGAUUAUAAUCCGAUCGAAAAAAUAUCGAUUUAUGUAUCGGACGAUGGAGGAUCGGAGCUUACGUUAUUUGCUUUUAUGGAAGCUGCAAAAUUUGCUGUAUAUUGGUUGCCUUUUUGUAGGGAAAAUAAAAUAAUUCAAAGGUCUCCAGACGCAUAUUUCAACUCUAAUUACACAGAAAAUUCUGAGACAAAGAAAAUCAAGUUGAUGUAUGAAAACAUGAAGAAAAGAAUAGAAGAAGUGAUUGAAAGGGGAAAAGUGGAUGAAGAUUAUAUUAACAAUGAGGAAGAACUUCAAGCUUUUACCAAAUUUUGGACGCCUGAAUUUACUCGUCAUAAUCAUCCUUCUAUUAUUCAGGUUUUGUUAGAAAGUGGCAAAGAUGAAGACAUGACAAGUCAUGGGAUGCCAAAUCUUAUUUAUCUUUCAAGAGAAAAAAACAAGAGUUCCCCUCAUCAUUUUAAAGCAGGUGCCCUCAAUGCAUUGCUUCGAGUAUCGGGAAUAAUGACAAAUGCACCAAUAGUAUUGACACUUGACUGUGAUAUGUACUCUAAUGAUCCAUCAACACCUCAACGGGCUUUAUGUUACUUCUUGGACCCAACAUUACGGCCCAAUUUAGCCUACGUUCAGUUUCCUCAAACUUUUCAUGGGCUUAACGAAGCAGAUAUUUAUGCAAGUGAGAUAAAAGGCCUGUUUUUUACUAAUCCAAUAGGCAUGGAUGGGCUUAAUGGGCCUAAUUAUGUUGGAACUGGAUGUUUUUUUCGUCGUCGAGCUUUUUUCGGAACUCCAUCUACAUUCGAGCAGCCCGAAAUUCCAGAACUGUUUCCGGAUCAUGUUGUGAAUAAGCCCAUUCAGGCCCAAGAAAUUUUGCGGCGAGCCCAUUAUGUAGCGAGUUGCAACUAUGAGAGUGGAAGUAACUGGGGUUCCAAGAUGGGCUUUAGGUAUGGAUCACUUGUUGAGGAUUACUAUACUGGUUAUAGGCUUCAAUGUGAAGGUUGGAAAUCAGUAUUUUGCAAUCCUAAAAGGCCUGCAUUUUUAGGAGAUAUACCAAUUUCUCUCUAUGAUGUGGUCAGCCAAAACAAGAGAUGGUCUGUGGGCCUUCUUGAAGUUGCUUUCUCAAAAUAUAGCCCAUUAACUUUUGGGGUUCAGUCCAUGGGCCUUGUUAUGGCCCAUUGUUAUUCUCACUAUGCAUUUUGGCCCAUUUGGUCAAUACCACUUACUCUAUAUGCUUUCAUCCCUCAACUUACUCUUCUCAAUGGGGUUACCAUCUUUCCAAAGGUUUCAGACCCUUGGUUUUAUUUGUAUGUUUUUAUGUUCCUCGGAGCUUAUGGACAAGAUUGCUUGGUUUUUAUGUCUAAUGAAGGGACAUUUAAAAGGUGGUGGAGUGACCAAAGAAUGUGGAUGAUAAGGGGAUUAACAUCUUUCCUAUUUGGAACAAUUGAGUAUUUAACUAAACACUUGGGCAUAUCGACACAAGGGUUCAAUUUAACAAGCAAAGUAGUCGAUAAUGACCAAGGUAAAAGGUACCAUCAAGGAAUUUUCGAGUUUGGGGUUGUUUCACCUAUGUUUGUGAUACUAGCAACAACAUCAAUCAUCAAUUUAGUAGCAUUUCUCAAAUCAUUAGCACAAAUAUUCAAUGGUGAUCGAAAUUUGGAUGGAAUAUUUAUCCAAAUGUUUAUUGCUGGUUUUGUUGUUAUUAAUUGUUUGCCAAUUUAUGAAGCUAUGGUUUUGAGAAGUGAUAAAGGAAGAAUGCCUACAAGGGUCACUAUUUUCUCAACAUUUCUUGCUUGUACUCUCUAUAUGGCAUUUGCUUUUCUUCUAGGAAAUAUGUAAUAGCAAAGUU